AUGUCAAAUUAUGAAGAACUCCGUCGUGAACUGACUCAACAAUCUCGCCGCAAGUCCGUGAGCGCUGCCGAAUUGGGCGCAUCUGACGAUUUCGAUCUGACCAGCUUCCUCACCGAGCAACACGAACAAGGCGCAGCUGCCGGAUUCCACCCCAAGCACAUGGGUGUCGUCUGGAAGGACCUUGUCGUUCAGGGUCUUGGUGCAGACGCCAAGACUAUCAGCACCAAUUACACCUGGAUCGCUUCUACCCUCCAGUUCUGGAAGUGGGGUCGCAAAUCUGGCCACGAUUUUACAAUCCUCAAGGGUAACGACGGUUUCUGCAAGGACGGUGAGAUGCUUCUCGUCCUCGGUCGUCCAGGCGCUGGCUGUACCACUCUUUUGCGCAUCAUUGCCAACAUGCGUGCUUCUUACACAAAGAUCGAAGGCGAGGUUGCCUAUGGUGGCAUCGAAGCCACAGAAUUCUCAAAGUACUUCCGCGGCGAGGUGUGCUAUAACGAAGAAGAAGAUCUCCAUUACCCAACCCUGACUACCGGACAGACCCUACGCUUUGCUCUCAAGAACAAGACCCCAGGAAAGCGUCUGCCCAACGAAUCCCGCAACGAGUUCAUCAACAAGAUUCUCUACAUGCUUGGAAACAUGCUCGGUCUCACAAAGCAAAUGAACACCAUGGUCGGCAACGCCUUUGUCCGUGGUCUGUCUGGUGGUGAGCGCAAGCGUCUAUCAAUUGCCGAACAGAUGACAACCCGCAGUUCAAUCAACUGCUGGGAUUGUUCUACCCGUGGUCUCGAUGCCUCCUCUGCUCUUGAUUAUGUCCGUUCUCUGCGUAUCAUGACUGACAUCACCCACAAGACUACCAUUUCUACUCUCUACCAGGCCUCCGAUAGUAUAUUUAACCUCUUUGACAAGGUCAUGGUUCUCGACGAAGGUCGCUGCAUCUACUUUGGCCCAACCGAAACCGCAAAGAGCUUCUUCCAGGACAUGGGUUUCCACUGUCCUAGCCGCAAGUCUACCCCUGAUUUCUUGACCGGUCUCUGUAACGCAAACGAGCGUGAGUUCCGUGCCGGAUUCGAGGGCAAAACCCCCAUCAACUCUGUUCAGUUCGAAAAGGCCUACAAGGAAUCUGAUGUCUACCGCUCCAUGAUGCAAGAGCGCGAUGAAUACGAAGCCAAGAUCAACCAGGAUCGUCCCGCCGAGCAGUUCAGACAGGCUAUGCUGGAUGCUCACCAGAAGCAUGCCUCCAAGCGCUCUCCUUUCACAGCAACCUACUACGCUCAAGUCAAAUCUCUCACCGUCCGCCAAUUCCAGCUCAUCAUGGGCGACAAGGGUGCUCUGAUAUCUCGUUAUGGUGGUGUUGUCAUCAAGGGUCUCAUCAUGGCCUCUGUGUUCUACAUGAUGCCUACCGAUGGUUCCGGUGCUUUCUCUCGUGGUGGUGCUUUCUUGUUUUCUUUGCUCUUCAAUGCUCUUAUUGCCCAGUCUGAACUGUCUGCUUUCAUGCAAGGCCGUCGUGUACUCGAGAAGCACAAGGGUUUUGCUCUUUACCACCCCUCUGCUUUUUACAUCUCUCAAGUCAUUGUCGAUAUUCCUCUGGCCAUUGUCCAGGUCUUGAUCUUUGAAUUAUGUGUUUACUUUAUGAUGGGUCUUGUCCUUGAUGCUGGAAAGUUCUUUACUUUCUUUGUCAUCUUGGUGGUUACAAACAUCUGUAUGAACGGAUUUUUCCGUUUCUGGGGUGCCGUGUCUCCUAAUUUCUUCACUGCCUCCCAGCUGUCUAGUAUCUUGCUCAUCGCCUGUCUCGUGUAUUGCGGUUACCAGAUUCCUUACAAGCUCAUGCACCCAUGGCUUUUCUGGAUCUACUGGAUCAACCCUCUUGCCUAUGGUUACAAGGCCUUGAUUUCUAACGAGUUGACCGGUAUGCAGUUCUCUUGCGAGGGUCCCAACUCGGUUCCCUAUGGCCCUAGUUACACUGAUCAGGCUUACAAGAGCUGUGUUCUUCCCGGUUCCAAGCCUGGUGCUUCCUCUGUUUUGGGUGAUGAUUAUCUUUCUCUUUCGUAUGGCUAUGAAACCUGGCAACGAUGGAUCGACUUUGUCGCCGUCCUUUUGUUCUUCUUCUUCUUCACCAUCCUCACCGCUUUGGCCAUGGAGUAUGUCGAUCUCCAGAAGGAAGGUUCAAUUACCAAGGUCUACAAGAAAGGCAGAGCUCCAAAGGAAAUCAGCGAAGAAGAGCUCCUUAAGCAGACCAACACUAUCAAUGACAAUGCUAUGGAAGCCGUCUCGGAUGGCACUACCUUUUCCUGGCACCACAUGGAUUACACCGUUCCUAUCAAGGGUGGUGAACUCAAGCUUUUGAACAACAUUGGCGGUAUUGUCAAGCCCGGAAACCUCACUGCCCUUAUGGGUUCAUCUGGUGCAGGCAAGACUACUCUUCUUGAUGUCCUUUCUAUGCGCAAGACUAUUGGCAAAAUCGAAGGCCGUAUCUACAUGAAUGGUGAGCCUCUCGACAUCGACUUUGAACGUAUCACUGGUUACUGCGAGCAGAUGGAUGUUCACAACCCUAAUGCUACCGUCCGCGAGGCCCUCAAGUUCUCUGCCUAUUUGCGCCAGGAGGCCAGUGUGCCCAAGGAGGAGAAGGAUGCCUAUGUCGAGCAGAUUAUCCAGUUGAUGGAGAUGGACAGAAUUGCCGACGCUUUGGUUGGUGAUCUCGAGACUGGUAUUGGUAUUUCGGUCGAAGAGCGCAAGCGCCUGACUAUUGCUACUGAGUUGGUUGGCAAGCCCAAACUUCUUUUCCUUGAUGAGCCUACUUCUGGUCUUGACGCCCAGAGUUCUUACAACAUUGUCCGUUUCAUCCGUAAGCUUGCUGAUGCUGGCUGGCCCGUCUUGUGUACUAUCCAUCAGCCUUCUGCCACACUGUUUGAACACUUUGACCAUCUUCUGUUGCUUGUCCGUGGAGGAAGAACUGCCUACUUUGGAGAGAUCGGCAAGGAUUCUCGUACUAUGAUUGAAUAUUUCCAGAGCAACGGUGGACCCCAGUGCUCGCCCUCUGCAAACCCCGCUGAGUACAUUCUGGAGUGUGUUGGUGCCGGUACUGCAGGAAAGGCCACUCGUGACUGGGCCGAUGUCUGGGCUGGAUCCAACGAGGCCAAGGCUUUGGAAGCCGAGCUUGAGAAGAUUCAUGGAAGCAUCAAUCCCAACCAUUCUCGCAAGGCAACUACCUAUUCUCUCUCGUUCUGGCAACAGUUCUGGUUUGUCUACAAGCGUAUGAAUGUGUCCUGGUGGCGUUCUCCUAAUUACAACAUGGGUCGGUUCUUCAAUGUGUGCUUUAUUGGUCUCAUCUCUGGUUUCUCUUUCUGGAAGCUUGGAAACUCGCCUGCUGAUAUGCAGAACCGAAUGUUCUCAGUCUUCACUACUCUCUUAAUGAGUAAUGCACUUAUUAUUCUCGCGCAGCCUCGCUUUAUGCAGGAGCGCAUGUGGUUCCGCCGUGAACAUGCUGCAAAGUAUUAUGGCUGGGCUCCAUUUGCACUUUCUUGUAUUUUUGUCGAAAUUCCAUAUAUCAUUUUCCUGGCAACGAUCUUCCUGUUCUGUUUCUACUGGACCGCCGGUCUUGCUACUGAUUCUGACCGCAUCGGAUUCUUCUAUGUUCACUUUAUUGUGUUUUUGCUGUACUCUGUCUCGCUCGGUUUCACAAUUGCUGCAUUCUCAAACUCUCCUCCCAUGGCUGCCGUCAUUAACCCGUUCUUUACAUCGAUUCUUAUUCUGUUUGCCGGUAUUAUGCAACCCCCUAGCCAGAUGCCCUACUUUUGGAGAUCUUGGAUGUACUGGCUUGAUCCGUACCACUAUGUGAUUGAGGGUCUUGUUGUCAACGCUCUGGACAGUGUACCUGUUGUCUGCGGUUCUGACGACUUUAUCAAGGUCAAUGCCCCCCCUGGUCAGACCUGCGGUAGUUACUUUUCCGAAUACUUUGCCUCUGGUGGACUUGGAUACAUUGGAAACCCGGGUGCAACCGAUUCCUGUGACUAUUGCCAGUACACUGUCGGCAAUGACUUUUACGAGACUCGCAUUGGCUGGUCGUUUGACAAUAGAUGGCGCGAUUUUGGUAUCCUGUGUGCCUAUUAUAUCUUUAACAUCGUAGCCUUUAUGUUCUUUGUCUUCUUGUUCCGCAAGGCCAAGCGAUAA